AUGUCCGAUCGUUUCACCAGGUGGCCGGAGGCUACCCCUAUGGUGGACAUCUCCGCCGAAACAGUAGCAAAAACAUUUUACUCCACCUGGGUGUCUCGUUAUGGAUGUCCACAACGCAUUACGACUGAUCAAGGACGUCAAUUUGAAGCUUCACUUACCUCGUCCUUAACGAAUCUACUUGGGAUUAAGAGAUGCCGCACGACCGCCUACCGUCCACAAUCGAAUGGUUUAAUUGAACGCUGGCAUCGAAGCAUGAAAGCCGCCAUUAUGUGCCAUAACAGCACUAAUUGGUUUGAGCUACUACCAACUAUCCUCCUUGGACUAAGAACAAGUUUCAAAGAAGAUCUACAAUGUUCGCCUGCAGAAUUAACUUAUGGAACUCAGCUCAGAAUUCCAGGAGAAUUUUUCUUUGAUGGCGAAUAUCCUUCCGUGGAUCCUGUAACCUUCGUCGAUCGACUUAGAGAUCAAAUGCGUGAGAUUCGUCCAUGUCCAAUAGCACGACGUGGAAAAACUGCAGUUUUUGUACAUCCAGAGCUGCAAAAAUGUACACAUGUCUUCUUAAGAGUUGAUGCAGUACGAAAGCCGCUUCAGCAACCUUACACCGGACCUCAUGAAGUAAUCAAGCGCAGUGAGAAAGUUUACACUAUUCUAUUUAACGGUAAAAGUGUCAACGUUGGCAUUGAUCGUCUAAAACCAGCUUUCCUACCAGAAGACAUGUCAGAGAUAAAAAAUGAAAAAACUGCAUCUGAAGAUCAUUCUCCUCUUUUAACAACUCGACUACGAAAAAACACUAAACCGCUUAUGAAGAGCAGGGGGAUAAUCAAAUUGCUAGUGACCGAGAAAGGGGAAAUAACAUACGAAGAUUCCGAUAAUGAUCCAGAUUUUAUUCCCGAUAGUCCUGGUAGUGAGAACAGAUCCGAUUAA